AUGACUGCAACUUGUGGACCAAUCUUCAAGAUUCUCCGCAAGGAUCAAGAGUGUAAAUGGAUAGAAGAAUGGCAGAAAGCUUUUGAUGAUAUCAAAGAAUACCUGUUGGAGCCUCCAAUCUUGAGCCCUCCGGUGGAAGGAAGACCAUUGAUCAUGUAUUUGACCGUACUUGAAGAUUCUAUGGGAUGUGUCCUGGGUCAGCAAGACGAGUCUGGUCAAAAAGAGUAUGCCAUUUAUUACUUGAGCAAAAAGUACAUCGAAUGUGAAACAAGAUAUUCACUGCUCGAGAAAACUUAUUAUGUUAUUAUCAGAGUACGACAACCAAUAUCGUUCCCAAAAGCCAUCAAAGGAAGUGUUCUAGCCGAUCAUUUGGCUUAUCAACCCAUUGACAAUGAUCAAUACUUGCAAGAUGACUUCCUAGAUGAAGAUAUCAUGUACUUGAAAUCAAAAUAUUAUGAAGAGCCUUUACUGGAAGAAGGGCCUGAUCCCGAAUCCCGAUGGGGUUUGAUAUUUGAUGGAGCUGUUAACGCUUAUGGUCGAGGAAUUGGGGCAAUCAUUGUCAUGCCACAAGGUUCUCAAAUCAAAGGAGAAUGGGAAACCCGGCAUCCUGGAUUAAUUCCUUACACAGAUUAA